GCAACAAGUCAACACAUUCACGCUCCUAUAUAAACAGGUUGAGCCAGUGGUGCCUCUUACUCUGUUUUCUGGAGAGGAAUACAAUACGAGUGACACCAUGAACAAGCUGCUGGUCAUUACUGUGCUGGUUGCAGUCCUCGCUCUCAGCGCUGAAAGCUUCCGUAUGCCAAGGCAGGUUGACGAUGAGCAGCAGGGGACUAUAACCAAACUCACAGGCACCAUCAGGUCCUACUACGACAAUGCCGUCAACACUGCCAGUGGAUACCUGGAGGACAUCAAGGGCCUGAAGCUGGAGGAGAAGGCAAAGAAUCUUUACGACGACACUACCACGGUCUUGAGCACCUACGCUGGCAUUGCAAACGACCAGCUGUACCACUACUUUUACCAGAAGUAAACACAAACUGAUUCCAAAGACCUCAGCUAUCUUUUCUGACAGCGUGAGAACUUUCAAGCUUCACACGCCCAAACUUCAUUUGACAUUCUCAACUUGCAUCUUCAAAAAUGGUGCACCCCCCUGCUCUUUGUGGCACUCUCUUGAGCCAGUAAAAGAUGAUAAUCACCCAACAAGGACUGUAAUCCUUUGAAAAAACAUCUAACAGCUUGCACAGAGGAACAGAACAAGUUGGCGGGCAGUGGCGAAAGAGCACACAGCAUCUUGUCAUGUAUCAACAGAUUUCUCCCUCAGAGUCAAGAAACAACUAUCCAUGAAAAUGAUGAAAAUAAUGUAAUGAUCUAUCGCCACCUACUGGUGUUUUCAGUCAUCCCACAUCUGAAUAAAUCUAAAUAUUUGUGUCAUAUCUCGAAAUAAAAUAUUUAUACAGAAAAA